GUUUUGUUCUCUCUUAAACAAUCAACAUUAUUUCUCGACGGAUAGUUAAUAUCUCGCCUUCGUCUUUAGAUUCUAGUGAGUUUGUUGUUUAUCCUUUGAUCUAUUCCUCAAUUAUAUUAUUUAGUUUUCAAGGAAGCCACAUUUUAGAGUUCAAACACGCCGUCUCCAUCAAAGACCAAAUAAACGUGCGUGCCCUUUGAUCCAUUCUAAAUAAAAUCUUCCUUCAGAAAGAUCAUAGCUUUGUUAUUUAUAGCCAAAGAUUCUUCUGGGUAUUUGUGGGUUUUUUUUUCUCUUUUGAUUUUGGUGAUUUCUGACGAGUUACAAUGGCUGCUUCCGUUGCUGGAGUUAUUGGUAGUAACAGGUCAUGUUCUUCCUGGAUUCAAUUUAAAAACAGUGAAAAGAAGCAGAAGCGAUUGAACAGAGUUAAGAUUUCUUGUUCUUCCUCUUCUUCUGUGAUGGAUCCUUAUAAGACCUUAAGAAUCCAGCCUGGUGCCUCUGAAUCUGAGGUUAAGAAAGCUUUUAGACAGCUUGCCUUGCAGUUCCAUCCAGAUGUAUGCAGAGGAAGCAAUUGUGGUGUACAGUUUCACGAAAUCAAUGAGGCUUAUGAUAUAGUGAUGGAGAAUUUGAGAGGAGGAGCAAAUGGAAGUGAAAUGUAUGGUGAUGAUGAAGAUGGAGAGAAUGAUGAAUCAAUGAGAGGAAUGAACGAUCCUGAUUGGGACUUGUGGGAAGAGUGGAUGGGAUGGGAAGGAGCUGGAAUCCGGGACUACUCAUCUCAUAUUAAUCCCUACAUUUGAUCAUUUUCUCGUCGCUUUGAUGGCUCUCAAACUUCACAAGCCAUGUUAAUCCUCAACCAAUUCAAGUUGGGGUGAGAUGUAUCUAGUGGUUGAUGUCCUCACUAAUUCAAGUCAAAUUGGAUCCACCAGGUCAGAUCUAUUUGGUGGUUGGUGUUCUUACUAAUUCAAAUGUUGAUCAGAUAAGAUCAUAUGUAUAUGGUGGUUGGUGUGAUUCCUAAUUCAAAGUUGAAUCAAUGUGUAUGGAGUGGUUGGUGUUUGUAUAUAGUGUCGGUAGGUCGAAGGUCACUCUCAUCUGAUCAAUAAUUAGAGCGGAGUGAGCAAGUGACUUUUUGUGUAUAUAUAUAUGAAUUAUGAAUACAUUUCAAAAGGGCAAGUCAAUACUUUCAUUUUCUUCAUUUGGUUAUGUUUUCCCAUCAGCUAGGCUAGGUGCUAUAUCAUGUCAUAUAUAUAUAUAUAUAUAUAUAUUAUUCUUGUAAAUUAUUGAAACUUGAGAGAGUGACAAGUGAAGUUGACAUGACCUAUGAAUUAUAAUUAUUACAGACAAGGGCUGUAAAAUUAUUAGAAAUUUCAGAAAGUGACAUGAA